GAGGACACGCCCGACCUAGCCCUUGUCAGGAGAGGCACCCCGCAGAGUGGUCCGGGAAGCGCGGCUGGCGCAGCGAAGGAGACAUCGGCCUGCCGGCAGGUGCACCGCGCAAGUGGCCGAUGCCCCGAGGCGGGCGGCCCCAGGGGCCCACGAAGGCCCUGGGGCGCCUCCGGAUUUUCAGGGGAUCGACUGAAGCGCGCGCCCCAGGGGCUCUCACAGCGAGAGAGGCCGGUCGCAUCUCGCGCCCCGCCCGUGGAGCGUGGCGUGCCAAGCAGGGCCUUCGCCGUCGAUGGUCGGAGGAGCUGCCAGCGCUUCCGCGGCGGAGGGGCGGCAGGCGUAAAGCGAGGGCGCUCCUGCCGGCGGAGGGCCGGCGGAGAGCGGGGGAAGCAAGGGCCGGCGGAUGCGGCCCCAAGAGGGGUAAAGACGUGUUUGGCGCCAGGGUUGCCGGGAUCGGCCCCGUGUCCACAGUCAGCCCGCACAACCAGUAGGGACGGGCAAACGCUUCCCAAGGGCGCCCUGGCACCCUUGCCUCCUCGGUCCAUGCUCGGCCGCUUUCGCUGGCCGCGCCCCCCGCUCGGAAAGCGUCGGGAUGGGCGGGCAAGGCCCGUGCACCCUUCUCGCGCAUCCUUACCAUGCGGGUCGACUGCACUGCGUCCUCCUGCUCCCCCAGGCUGGUGCAGACGCUGGCGAGCGUCCAGGAGGUGGGCCAGGCGGUCUCCCAGGCCGGAGCGCGCGCGCAGGAGUCGGUGGAGCAGGCGGGCGCCAGGGCGUGGGAGAGCGUCGAGCAGGCGCGCGAGUCCGCGAAGCAGACCGGCUCCGCGGUCGCAGACGGCGCACAGGCCGCGGGCCUGGCGGUCUCGGCCGGCGUCCAGUCCGCCGUGCCAGCCGUCCGCGACGUGUCCAAGAAGGUGGUGACGGGCGCGGCAGAGGUCCACCAGGACAUCGUGCAGGCACACGGGGACGGCGGCACAUCGGCGGCGGCCGAGCGGACGGCGGUCCACGCCGCCAAGGCCGCCAUCGGUGCCUACGCCGGCUACGUCGGCGCGACCGCCGCCGCGAAGACCAAGGCGGCCGAGGUGGGCAUGAUCGCCUCCCAUUAUGUCCACGACAGCGUGAGCGAGGGCACGCAGCAGAAGCUCCAGGAGGGCGCCUCGAGGGCGCUGCAGGGUGCCAAGUACCUCGCCGACGUGGUGGCCACGCACGGCGAGUCGGCGGUGAAGCAGGGCUACGCCUCCUACGUCCAGGCGAGCGAGAUCAUAACCGCGGCGACGGAGGAGGCGUACGCGGGGCUCCCGGAGGAGAAGCGGCAGGCGAUCUUGGACAAGAGGAGGCGCGUGGACGACAGCAAGGAGCACAUCAAGGAGCUGGGCAUGACGCUCGCGCGCCCGCUGUGGAAGUCCGUCUCGGCCAGCGCAGGGAGCGCGCUACGCGACAGCGUGCUGAGCGACCCAGACAUGUGGCCAUGCGUGCGGCGGCUGUGUGGGCCACUCAUGGAGGAGCUGUGGCACGACAUCGACGAGGAGAUCCUGAAAGGCGUCGAGCUGUCCAUCUACAAGGACCCGCCGCCCCAGGACGACGGGCCACGAGUGGGCCCUCUGCUGCGCCUGCGAGCCUUCGUACUGCACCACUUCCUGCCGCACGACAGGUCCAUCUUCGGGAUGCUGAAGGACCCGGUCUAUCUGAUCUUCCUGGCAAUCACCUUCGUGCCCUUCUGGUCGGCCAGGGUCGGCUUUUACACACUGAUCCUGCUGCUACUCUGGGCGGCGCCCGACGGAGUGGACGAGUACCAGCUGACAAGCUUCGUUCUCUCGGCAAAGGGGAUGCAGUUCCUGACUUCUGGCGUCGUGAACAACGCCUACGGGGCGGCGGACUACUACAUCGCACUCCACGUCUGCGACGGAGACCAGGACUGCAUCUUACGGCACACCCCAGGGCAGAACACCAGCCGUCGUCUUCCCGGUGAUCGACUUCUUCGGCAGCGUCUGCCUCGUGUGGGCGGCGUUCUGGCUGCUGCCCCGCAGCACGGGGCACGGCCUCCGGUCUCGCAGGGCCGCGGCGCGCCAGCAGAGGAGGCCAGAGCUGAUCAGCCAGGUGACGAGCGCCAGGGCGGUGGACGCCGAGACCCAGGCGCGGGGCGGGAGACUCCGCGUCGUGCUGCGCUGGGACCUCAUGAGUUUCGGCGUCUGCUGCCUGGGGCUGCUGGCCCUGCACUUCGUCGGCGCCAGCUUCCUCACGAACCUCUUCUGGUGCCGCGUGGUGUACUCCCUGCUGUCCUUCCCCUUCUUCUUCUUCUACCUGCCGGGCUUCCGGCAGCUCCUCCGGAAGGGAAGAGGGCUGCACUGGCAGGAAACUGUUCACCGAGCGCGUUCCACUAUUCGCAAAGUGCCUACUCGCAAAC